CCUAUGUUCCACUGGGAACGUGAGGGAAAAAAAUAACAAGUUGAAAGAUUUGGUUUUACUUGAAGAUGUUGCUUUCAAAAAAUGAUUUAGGGUAACCAGUCAAAAUGCUGACAUAACUUUAUCAUUGCAUGGGUUUUAUCUUUUUUAUUUAACAUUAUCAUUUAUCAUACAUGUUCAUUUCCGUACUCACACAUACAUAUUAGUGCAAUUUUACAUAUUGAAGGGACGAUAACUGUUACAGUGUUUAAGAAACGCUUUCGAGACUUCUCAGCUAGCUAAUCGGAAAGCAGCUAGUCAAUAUAUGCAGUAAACAACUCCUAAUUAGAAAACUCAGUCAAUUCAUACGCUUAACUACCUACAGUAAAUGUCAUAGGACUCAACAUUAACAUUUUUGUGCACGUUCAAUGCGUGGAACACCAUACAUGAAGAAUUUAACUGCUUUUUCAGUAGUAAUUUGGAAGCGGGUACGUGAAGUUGUAUUCAGACGCUGGGAUAAUACUGUUACCAGAUACCUUUAUGACUACUAUUUGAAAUGAAGAAAGUGAAAAUAUUUGAUUUGCAGUUGAAAACUACGGUAUGAUAGGUAAUAACUUUUCUGAAGAUGUGGUUCUAAAUACACAUUCCGUUCAACAUGCAUUGUUAAUAUUUUAGCGUAAAUAAGGUUACAAACAGUGGCUGAUUUAUACCACUUCUCUUUUGACAUUCUUUGUCGAAAUCUGCCAGCUUUAUGAACUAUUUUACUAAAUAUAAGCACUGUAUUGUUUGUAAAAUUGUAAAGGUGUUGUUUGUAAGUGCAUUAUAAGUAUCCUUUCCGUAUCGCUUUUUUAUUUUUAGGCCAAUCCAGUGAAACGUGUGGCCAACCGUUUGAUUAAUUCUUUCUAAUUCUGGAAAUUAGUCAUGAAGUUUCAUCUUAUGCUAACUGUUUUGUUGUGUAUAUGGCCUGUAUCUUUUUUAGCAAAAGCAGAAAUUCAUAAUGAAACAGAUCAUCUGAAUAUUUCAAAUGUUCCGGCCGUCCCCUACCUUCAGUCAUCAAGUUCGAAUAAAAUUUCGCAAAGUUCGUCCUGUUUUAUAGGAUUCACUACAAAUGAUCUCAGUGUUUAUUUCAUUUUUUCUCACAUAGUAACACCAGUUAUCUUUGGUUUAAUACUAAUAAUUGGAUUCGUUGGUAAUUUGUUUGUGAUGAUUGUUGUUUUGGCCAAUGCUCAAAUGCGUAAUACUACCAAUAUUCUUAUUUUCUCACUCGCGGUAGCUGAUAUGGCAUUUAUAGUCAUUUGUGUUCCAUUUGCAGCAGUUGUCUAUGUUACUGACAGAUGGCCAUUGGGAUUAUAUGUGUGUCGCAUUUAUUAUUACUCAGCAUACGUUUCUGUCUACUGCAGUGUUUACACCUUGGUGUUGAUGAGCUUGGACCGCUUUAUGGCUGUAGUUUAUCCAAUUCAGUGCAUCAAUGUACGUUCACAACGAAAUACAACAAUCGCUGUAAUCAUAACCUGGACUGUAGUACUGGUCACUAACAUACCGUUGUUUGUUGGUGCAGUUUUAGUGAGAGGUCCACCAGGAGGUGGAGAGAGUUCAUGUAUUACAGAAUACUGUACAUAUUCAGGGUUGGUUAGCAUCGAUGAGCAGACUAACAUUGCAAGAGACAAUCCACAUGGGGGACGAAUGUUCUUUCUGUUAUUCUUUUUGUUUGGAUACUUAUUUCCGUUCAUUAUUAUUUGUCUACUGUACAUCUUCUUAAUACUGAGACUGCGUUGUGGGCCAUCGUCUAAAAUGGCGCAUUCAGCAGAAUCCCAGCGUUCAAAGAAGCGUGUCACUCAUUUAGUUGUAACUGUGGUUAUUGUAUUUGGUAUUAGUUGGCUACCAAUUCAUGUAAUCUUUUUGACUCAAUACUUCGCAGGGGAUCCAGAAACUCCUUUGUUUAGAGUUAUGCAAAUUUUAGGAAACUGUUUAGCUUACGGAAAUAGUAGUAUCAACCCAAUAUUGUAUGCAUUUUUAUCAGAAAAGUUUAGAACUGCUUUCUUAAGACUUAUUUGUAGUCGUAAAUCAAAUCAAAGAGAAGAAAGAUUGAAAGGAAAAAGCUUUGAUAAUGCAACAGCUAUUGCUAUGUAAUGAUAUAUUGAAUGAAUUCAACAUAUUCAGUGUUUUACACAAUUAUCUCCACUAGAAUUUUAAAGUCAACUUUCUCAGCAAAAAUCAAAUGAAAAGUACCAAACAGUGAUAACAUUCCCAUGCUGCAUAAUUUUUAAAACGCAUAAAACUUGAAUCAAUGGGUUCUCAUGUUUCUAAAACCUUUUCUUCAAAGCUUCAUACAUUCAUACAAUGAAGUCUUCAUGGAUCUGAACGACAGAUAAAUAUGAAUGUGUAGAGAAGUAUAUUUCAAAGAUAUAUGAAUGUUAAGUAUUUAAUUAACUUUCAUCCAAGGGAACUAUAUUCAGUAUUAAUUCCUUAUUCAAAUAUAUUAUGCGAAUAUCUCGAAACAGAAAGUAAACUUUUGUAAAUUAUUUUGGAUAAUGUGGAACUGUAAAUGCCUACAAACUGAAAAAAAUGUAUCAACUUUUAAUAUACAGCUGACAUACAUACAUACAUACAACUUGAAUAUCGGUGCAACCUUUUAAACUGGAAUUUGUAACACGAGAUUUCAUUGAUAUAUUUCCACUUGAGUCAUUUUAUUCAUUCCUGCUAAACUUAACGCUUUCUAUUUAUUGUAAAGAAUUGUAAAUUUUUUCAUAAUAUGGUUAACUUUUACGUUGUAACAUUUGUGUCAUAAACUUUAAUGCAUGUGAACUAGGUUACUUGUGGAUAGAUAAGUGAGAUUCAACAUUUGUUACAAUAUGUUAUUUUCAGAUUAUGUAAGAGAUCCUAAAGUAACAGUAUAGUAAUGAAAGUAGAAAGCCUAUUCCCAAGUUUGAUAUCUUCAGGUUACCCUAAUAGCUAUAUACGACACGCAUAUAUCAGCUAUAACUUUGUUGAAUAUUAUUGCUCAUAAAUAAGUACACAUCAGAUUAAAAAAAUGAUAUAUA